AUGGCUACAAUCAAGUCAAAGAAAAACAAUGCUAUAGUUGCUGCACACCCAACCAAAUUAGCAUUUGUAAUUUUCUUUGACAAUGGAAUCAUCGAGCAGAAGAGACCAAAGACACAUCCGGCAUCUCCAGUUGUACAACCUCGCUCACCGGUGACUCCGACGUCGUUACCAUUGGUUUCAACUCCUCCAGUGAUUCCAACACCUUCACCAAUUUUACCACCUGUUCCACCAGUCUUACCUAGUCUACCUGCGCUACCAAGUUCACCUACUCCAUCUCUCUUAUCUCGACCAUCAACUUUACCAUCUCAAUCACCAGCUGCUCAAGUACCAAUUCCAGGCAAAUUAUCAAUUAUCCACUCACCUUUCUCACAAUCGUAUAUGCAACAAUAG